ACAUGGAAAAUUAAAAUUAGUACUAAAAAUAUAGAUUUCGUAUGUGCAGUUUUUAACUUUGUUUACUUGAGAUGUCUACCGAAAAACGACCGCAAACUCCUGAUAACUCUGAGGAAGUAGAUGGCGAAGAAUGGAUUGGUCCAAUGCCAUCAGAAGCUGCUGAACCAAAACCGAAGAAACGAAAAGUUCUAGAAUUUGAAUCUUUGUAUCUGGAAAAUUUACCUUCGUCAGAAACGUAUGAAAAGAGCUACAUGCAUAGGGAUGUUGUCACACAUGUUGUGGUCACCAAAACUGAUUUUGUUAUAACUGCCAGUCAAGAUGGCCAUCUCAAAUUUUGGAAGAAACAGGAGGAAGGUAUAGAAUUUGUCAAACAUUUUCGUUGUCACCUAGUGGCCAUUAGCCAUGUUGCUGUUAAUAGCACUGGCACACUCCUCUGCACCACAUCCACAGAGAAGACUGUCAAAGUAUUUGACGUUGUGAACUUUGAUAUGAUUAACAUGAUAUCCAUACAAUUUGAGCCGUACUGCGCGGAAUGGGUGCACUCAGCAGGUGAUCCUAUUUCUGCACUAGCUAUAUCGGAGAAAUCAACAAAUAAAAUAUAUGUAUUUGAUGGUACACAAAGCUCGGGCACACCAUUACACACAUUUGAAACACUACAUCAAAGUGUGGUGGUCACCAUAGUGUACAACCCAGUAUACGAAGUAGCAGUGUCUGUUGACAAGGCGGGUAUCAUAGAGUAUUGGACCGGACCAAAACACGAGUUCCAAUACCCGAAGAAUGUAAAAUUCCAAUCGAAACUGGAAACGGAUCUGUUUGAUUUCGUUAAGAACAAAACAUAUCCAACUGCGCUGGCGUUUUCACCAGAUGGUAAAAAGAUGGCGUCUAUAAGUUUGGAUCGGAAGGUCCGCGUGUUCCACUUCCUGACGGGCAAGCUGCAUAAGGUUUUGGACGAGAGCCUGCAGCGCUACCAGGACCUGCAGCACCAGGCGCACCAGUUACCCAACAUGGAGUUUGGUCGCAGAAUGGCAACAGAACGUGAAUUAGAGAAGUCAGAGUCUGUGAACUUUUGCAACGUAUUGUUUGACGCGAGCGGUCACUUCCUCUGCUAUGCUACCAUGUUGGGUGUCAAAAUGGUCAAUCUUGUCACCAACCGGUGUGUGGCCAUGCUCGCUAAGCCGGAGAACUUGAGGCCUCUACAUCUGGCGCUGUUUCAGGGUCGUACAAAUCAAUCAAAAGUAGCAACAACGCUAGAAAUGGAGGGUUCUGAAAACCCGAGCCUGAUGAUUGUGAAGACGGACCCAACAUUGUUCUGUACCGCAUACCGCAAGAACAGGUUCUAUAUGUUCUCCCGCCGGAGUCCAGAUGAUGUCAAGAGUCCGGAUGCGGAUCGCGACAUCUUCAAUGAGAAACCUUCCAAAGAAGAUAUUAUAUCCGCUACAGAAGGACAAGGUGUGCAGCGUAUCUAUGAGCAGGCGAUCCUGCACACCUCACUUGGUGACAUCCAUGUGAGGCUGUUUGGAGAAGUGGUGCGAGCUGCUGAGAACUUCUGUGGACUUGCACGCAGCGGCUACUACAAUGGACACCUCUUCCAUAGAGUCAUACGAGGGUUCAUGGUGCAGACUGGAGACCCUACAGGUACGGGUACUGGAGGUGAGAGUAUCUGGGGAGGGGAGUUUGCGGACGAGUUCAAGCCUCACCUGAAGCACGACCGGCCAUACACUGUGAGCAUGGCCAAUGCAGGACCCAACACCAACGGCAGCCAGUUCUUCAUCACUCUUGCACCCACGCCGUGGUUAGACAACAAGCAUACGAUAUUUGGUCGUGUAGUGCGCGGUAUGGAGGUGGUGCAGAACAUUGGUAACCUCAAGACCAACCCCAAGACAGACAAACCUUACGAUGACGUUAGGAUCGUUUCAGUCACCGUCAAGUGAAAAU